AUGCUCGUCACACCCCGAACUUACGUGGCUGCCCAAUCCGAGCCCUGUGAAGGCCUGCUGCCACGCUUUUACGCUCUGGGGGGCUGGCGCUCUUCCCCCGCCAACAUGUUGCUCGUCCACCAGCUCGGCAGCGUCCGCGUCGGCGAAAUCAUUCGGUACACCGUCACCUACACACCCGCCGCGGACCCGAUUCAGCCCAUCCCGUCGCAGCUCCAUGUGCGUGUCAAGAACACCUCCGCCAUCCCCCUGCGCGCCGCCUACCUCCACGGCCCCUAUACACUCUACACCGCCUGCUAUCCCGCUGCCUUUGAUCCCAACCACAAGUAUGAUCGCUCGGAGACCGAGGGAACCCCGCAGUUCGAGCCAUACCUCAAGGCUGGCGGUAAUUGGGACGCGGUCGUCAAGGUGCCGCCGACUCUCCAGAAUGAGCCUGCCCGCAGCGUGACAUGGGUGAUCGAGAUCGUCUCCCAGGUGCUCUUUUCAAGCAGCGCUGCUGUUCACUUCGAGUUGUUGAUUAGCCGCGAUAAUAAGUCCCUGGACCUCUUUGGCGGGCAGUGGACCGGUGGCCGGGGCCCGGCAGCCAAGUUGCAUGAACAUUGGUCCCCCGAAACACGGGGCCAGCAGGUGCGGGCGACCAAAGGUGUCUUCUCCAAGUCUGUCUUGCUACGCGUGGAUGAUACCAGCAGUCUGUGGAACAAUCCACCGUUACCUUCGGCCAAGGGGGUGGCCACGAGUACAGGGCCAGAUAGGCACGAUUCAGACCAACCUUUGCCAGACGCUCAUGGCCCCGAGAACGCGCUGGAAACAUCUCCAAAAAAGAAGAAGAUCCAUCUGGUUGUGUUGACGCACGGCCUACACAGUAAUCUGGGCGCGGACAUGCUAUAUCUGAAGGAGAGCAUCGAUGCCGCUACAAGAAAAGUCAGGGAAGAAAAGCUUCGCGAUUCCGUUGACGAUGAAAAUGACGAGGAAGUUAUUGUCCGAGGCUUCUCCGGCAACGCAGUGCGCACCGAGCGUGGCAUCCAAUAUCUUGGCAAACGCCUGGCCAAAUAUGUCUUGCUGAUGACAUACCCAGAUCAGCCCUACUUUCCCUUGAAGACCUCCAAGUCUGGGCCCUUCUCACGGCCAUUCACGUCUCGCAAGAAACAGACCGAGCAGCCUCUGGGACCCCAGCGGGCUUCUGAGCCCAACGAUCCGGAAUCUGACGACCACCCGUAUCAGAUCACCAGUAUCAGCUUCAUCGGCCACUCCUUGGGUGGGCUGGUUCAGACCUACGCCAUUGCAUAUAUCCGGAAACACUCUCCCGAGUUCUUUGAAUCCAUCCGGCCCGUUAAUUUCAUUGCGUUGGCCACUCCCUUCCUAGGCCUCAGUAAUGAGAAUCCAGUGUACGUUCGAUUUGCCCUGGAUCUCGGCCUCGUCGGGCGCACCGGUCAAGAUCUCGGGCUCAGCUGGACGGCACCCAAGGUCCGCAGUGGCUGGGGUGCUCUCAUCGGAGGCCGAGGAGGGGAGCCGACGAAAGAUGAAAGCCAUGCGGAUCCCGGUUCGAAGCCGCUGCUACGAAUUCUUCCCUGCGGCCCUGCCCACGAAGUUCUUCACAAGUUCCAGCACCGCACUAUUUAUUCAAACGUGGUUAAUGACGGGAUCGUUCCGCUUCGGACCUCCUGUUUGCUCUUUCUGGAUUGGCGUGGCCUUGAUCGAGUCGAGAAGGCACGGCGAGACAACGGACUGGUUGGAACCAUGGCCGAAUGGGGCUGGGCCGAGUUGACGGGGGCAAAUUCGAAAAUCCCACAGGUCGCUCGCUCUGGCGGAGAGGCAGGCGUCGAGAGUGAGGUGGUCGUCGAUGAGCUCUCGCUCUCCCCAUCCCCUAACCAGUUCCUGGCCCGACCCGAAUUGUUGCCUGCCCAGGCUGGUGCGGCAGAGGGAGAAUCCAAGGAAAAUCUCGGUCCCUUGGACAGCAUCUUCUCCCUUUUUCGUCCGAAGGAGACAAGGGUUCCAUCCAGCAGCAAGCAGGCUAAGAUUUACAAACGCAGCCAGACCCUCAGCUCGAUGGAUUCUGGUCAACCGCCGUCUAUCGUGCGCGGCACCUCCUUAUACGGAGAUGACGGGGUCCAUACGCCCCCCAGAACGACUUUUUUUGAGUCCGCCGGAGACCUGCUCAUGCCGCCACUGCCUCCUACGGACUUCAUUCUAGAUCCUGCGGCGCGCCCUCGCACGAUCUUCCAUGAUCGCAUCUACCACCCCGAUGACAUCCCACCCCCGCUGCCCGUCAAGCGGCGGACAUUGAGCUUCAGCCCUUUGCAAAACAAGACGAAGGCAAGUGCAGUCCCAGCAUCCUCGACUCCACUACCCUCUGGCGGUAGUGCCAAUGGAGAGCACUCCAAGAGUGGUCUCAAGGUGGAAGAGAAGAUCGCGCGAGCCUAUCACCGUGAUCUUCCUUGGCGGAAAGUGCUCGUCCGUCUCGAACCUGAUGCACACAAUAACAUCAUUGUGCGCCGUAUGUUCACCAAUUCUUAUGGGUGGCCAGUGGUCAAACACCUGGUGGACACCCACUUUGGCCAUACACCUGUCGCUGAGCUGGAUGACGUGCUGAAACAGAAUGUGGAGCGAGCGAAAUCACCAAACAUUGGGCCCACGAGCUCCGGGGACGAGAUUGAAGGCGCGUCCGACUCUCUGCGAUCCGACACGCCGGUCGAUAAGACCUGGCGGGCCGAACAGCCCUUGGGACUGGAUCCCCGUCCGGAUUUCGAGCUAUCGGAGGAGUCCGCUUUUCAUGGUCGAUCCUCCCCGUUCGAUGAAUCUCACGAGACGGCUAGUGUUUACGGCGUAUCUCACCCGCCUGAGGUCUGGCGACAGGAUUCGGCGCGGUGGACUGACCGGGAAGUCGAUGAAGAUGACUGCGAUUCCGGCUUCGAGGAAACAGCCUUUCGCUGGUCCUAG